CCACAGACACCAACAGUGUUCUCCAGUGGAACUCUGUCCACUUCCUGUUUCUUCUUCUUCUUCUUCUUCUGUUGUUGUUUCAUGAUGAGGUUCAGAUGUUCCAGAGUUUCUGUUAGAGAAGAGAACCACGUCAGUUGAUGAGGUUCACAGACCAUGUCAGUUGAUGAGGUUCACAGACCAUGUCAGUUGGUUACGCGUCACCUCUGGAACGUCGUUCAAACUCAGACUGAUGUUUACACAAAAACACAAUGUCAACAAAAUAAAACACAGAUACAGGAAGUGAUGUCAGAGCUGAUAGAGAACAAGAGUGUGUGUGAGCAGAAAGACAGAGUGGCUUGUGAGAGACAUCUCCACACACACACACACACACGCACACACACACAGCUACCCACAAAGAUGUUGUUGUCUAACUGGACAGUGACACACACACACACACACACACACACACACGAUGGCUGCGGUCUCCCCUCACCACCAUCCGUCACUGUCCCACAUUUUCAUCGUCGUCCUCUUCGUUCUUUCAGGUGAGAACCAAUCACAACGCCUCCUGAUGACAUCACACAACCUGAUGAUGUCACAACAAACCGAGACGCCGACUGCAGGUGGACACCCUGGUGGCGUCAACUCCUUUAAGGUGUUGGAAGGGGGCGUGGCCUCCCUGUCCUGUCAUUACUCCGUGAAGCGUUCGGGCCUCAGUCGCGUGUGCUGGGGCCGCGGCUGCGGAACCUUCUGGUGCAGUAACAUCGUGGUGCAGACGGACCAGAACGGCAUCGUCUCCAAGGUGGAGGAUCGGUACCGGCUGACGGGCGACAUCCUGGAUGGACAGAUGGACCUGGACAUCCUGAAUGUGAGGAGGACGGACAGUGGACUGUACUGCUGCAGGGUGGAUGUGGACGGCAUCUUCAACGACAAGAAGGUCAUCAUGAACCUGAGAGUGAUCAAAGCUCCGGCCACUAGUUCUCCAACAACGACGACAACAACAUCUAUAACACCAACGACGACAGUGAGCCAGGCCGCGGGGCCGUACACCUCCACAGAAAAUGUGGAAACUUCGUUGUCUCCCGAGGUCGACCUGAGGAACAACGCCACCAUGCUGCGUUCAGACGCCGCCACUGUCGAUGACUCUCUAUCCUCGGUCUCCCUUCAGGUCAACGUUCCCGUCCUCUCCCUCUCCAUCCUGCUCUUGUUCAUCUUUGCAGUGGUUUUCCUCGUCCUUGUCUUUAAAGGUGGAGUUUACAGACGAGCCCUGAGCAGCAGCUGGCUGUCAGUGAUGUGUUCCUCCUGCAGCUUCUCCUCUGAGGAGUUUCCUCACAUCAUCUACGAGAUCAGGAGGAGGCGAGGAGUCCAGGAGAACAUCUACACACUGGACUGAACACACACACACACACACACACACACACACACACGUGAUGUAUUAAAAUGGGAUGUAUUCAGCUGAUUAAACCUUCGACUCAAUCAAACGUUGUCUUAUUUUUGACUUUUGUCGGGACACAUUCACGUCAUUGUACAAUUAUGAUCUAUUUUCUUAAACUUUCAACUAAUUAUUUCAAACGUUGUCUGAAAUGUGUCCUCAUCGUUCUGAAAUAAAACGUUAGCACCAUCUAGUGGCCAGAACAUUAACUCGCCUAACACGGGAAAGGAAACGUUUUUGUCAACAUUUCUGGAAGUUUCCGCUCAGAAAAGGUAAAUGAGCACGAAAAGAGAAAACAGUCAAGAAACAUCAAUGGAUCAAAACAAAGAAAGAAAACUUUCCUUUUGUUUCUUCAUAUAUUUUACUUUCUCUCACUUUCACUUCUCGCUGCAGCUGCACAUGACCAAAUAUGGCGCUUCCUGUUUCCUCCACUCUUCUUCCGGGUGCCCUUAUAAGGAACUUCCUUCAUUGUAGGGCGAGAGACAGACAUGACAAGUGGACAGACAGGUCGGUCUGGUGUGUGUGUGUGUGUGUGUGUGUGUGUGUCAAUCUAAUGCCUUCACAAAAAAACAAACCCCAGUGACAGGAGCCGAUGGUC